AUGUUCAGAUUAUCCUCAAACUCCUCAGAUUAUCCUCAGACUACUCCUCAAACUCCUCAGUCUAAUCCUCAGACUCCUCCUCAGAUUAUCCUCAGACUCCUCCUCAGAUUAUCCUCAGACUCCUCCUCAGAUUAUCCUCAGACUCCUCCUCAGAUUAUCCUCAAACUCCUCCUCAGAUUAUCCUCAAACUCCUCAGACUACUCCUCGGUCUAA